AGGCAGAGAUCCUGUAGAUGUAAAUAGUGACGAUGAACGGGUGAAACUUUAUCUUGUUUAGAGAUCAACAUGAGUAUCAUAAAAAUCUGUGACAGUCAGAGCGGAAAUCCACACCAACACAGUCUGCCUGCAUAUAAACACAGCUACGAGUAGACAUAACAGAGGAGCUGCUCUCAGUGAAGCUGAAGAUAGGCUGGGUACGCUCUGAGCGCGCAGACGGACAUGAUGCUGGUCUUCAGAGCUCUGCUGCUUCUGGGUUUGCUGUCUCUCAUCCACUCCACCAGGAGAGGCCAUGCGGUGUCGGUGGUGUUGGAUCAGGGAGGAGGACUGAGGGGUCAGACUGUCAGACUGCUCCUGGACCCCUCAGUGCUGGGGAGGUCCACCAGCAGCCCUGGAUCCUCCGUCGCCAACAUGUCGCUGUCCCCGUGGACGUACAGAGACUCCUUCGUGGCGUCUCGUCUACCCAGACGGAUCUCCCAGGCUCACUGUCUGACCUCCGGCUGUCUGAACCUUCAGGGUGGAGAAGAUGCAGCUCUGGAGGCCAAACCCAUCUACUACCAGGCUCUGGUCUUCUACAGAGUCCCGAGGCCGAGUCGCUCCACCAAAGCAGGAAAGAAGGCGAAGAAGAAGAAGUACGACCUGCAGCUGGGGACGGAGAUGAUCCCGGUGGGCUGCACAUGUGUGAGGCCCAGCGUGGUCCCGCAGCAGUAACACGCCAACAUGACUCCUACAACACGCUAUGAGGGGGGCUUUAUCCACAUCAGACUUCUACUGAGGGUUUUCUAACUUAUCACUGAUUUAAAUCAUCAAUAUUAAUAUUAAUUUCCUAAAGGUCCUUAAGGUCCUCGUCUUACAUCAGAGUUCUGUUCCUACGGUGUGACGUCAGUCAGAACUCUGGUUAAAAUGUAAACUAAUCUGUUACUGCAUCACGAUAUCAAUCAGUUUACAUGUUUAUACAACUACAGUAACACAAACAGUCGUUAGCUCACAGUGAAACAACUCUGUAGGAAAAUACCAAAGAAAAUGUAAACCGUGAGUCUGACUGAUGCUGGGAGCCAUGAUGAAGUUAGUGAAUAUAGAAUAAUCCAAUGUGGAGGCAAAUGGAAACAAAGCCGUCUGAUUGCACCAUGUGACCACGUAUUCAUCAGCCAGCUGGUUCCAAUAAACGAGUUCCAGUCUAACGACGUAAGUUGUGGACGUCGUAAACCAAGGACCUUAUCUAUCCAUCCAUCCAUCCAUCCAUCCAUCCAUCUAUCCAUCCAUCCAUCCAUCCAUCUAUCAUCCAUCCAUCUAUCCAUCCAUCCAUCUGUUAAUCCAUCUAUCAUCCACCUAUCCAUCCAUCCAUCCAUCCAUCCAUCCAUCUAUCAUCCAUCCAUCCAUCCAUCCAUCCAUCCAUCCAUCCAUCUAUCUAGUCUUUAUUUAACUUAUCCCUUAGUAUCUGAAUACCCUGAUAGUAGGGAAGACUUUCUUUCUGCCCCCUGGUGGUGAAAAUCAGUUUAGUGCAGCUUUAAUGUAAAUGUAAAAUACACAACCUGGAUGUUUUCUACAGUAGUUAAACUCAUGUGUGCAGCUUUACCAGGUUAUCUAUAUUUUCAGAUGAUAGUGUACACUUUUU